AUUUUCAGUAUUUUAUCAUGUGUUCAACAGACAACACCUAAAUUUUAAAAAUAAGCCUGUUUUAUUUUGGUUCUCCCACUAAACCUCAAGAUAUUUAAGCAAUAAAAAAAAGCAAAUUGGACCCGAAUCGUAAAAACACUUUAAGCAGAGAGAAGAGGUUGCACUUAAUUAUCACAAUGAUGAGCAGACAGGAUACGCAAAGUCGAGGAUCCAGGAGAUCCGUGGGAGGUCAGGCCUCCUCCGGUUGCCAGGAACCCGAUCCACUGAACACCUACGUGGAGGAACCGCCCACCUUGUACCAGUGGAUGCGAUGGAGCAACUGCAAAACCCAGAAGCCACACCUGCAGGAAACCUAUCCCACCAUCCUUCCCCCGAUCUCCAGAUGCGAUGAUGCCAAGACCUUGAGGUAUAUCGAAGACGCCAUGUUGGCCAACCAAUGCGGCCGACUCAACGAGCACAAGGAGGAUUCGCUGACCGUGUGGAACUACAGUCCCCAGAAGGAAACUUUGGGUUGGUAUGGCGUGGCAUCGGAUCAUCCCACCCCACAGGCCGCCUUCUUUGACAGAGCUUUGCAAAGGAGUCUAAAGGCGUCUAGCCUUUUGCCUAAAUGCCCCAAGAAGUCCAAUAUAAAACCCAAGUGGCAGAUUAGGCCGAAAACCCCGGAACCCGGUGCCUACAUCCUGAAUCGCAAGUGUCUGAAGGCCAAGCUGGACAGGAUGCCAAAUGUGAGACGCCAACUGAAGCCGAGCAAUGCCUUCUCGUGGCUCCACUGCCCUCAGCCGGCGGAUCCGGAGCAUCCCUUCGAGGACAGCACCGGUUUCCCGGCAAUCAGCAGGGAACAAGCGAUGGAUAUGGUGAAGCCUGAGAAGCCUCCAAAACACGGUCUGCGACGCAAUCACUGGUACUGCCCACCGAAAUGCGGGGAAGCUGAGAGCAAGUGCACCGACUACGAGUGGGCCAAGUACAAGCUAGAUCCGCGACCCAACGACGAGGCCUUCCAGCGGGAAAUGGCCGAAAGGCCAGAGUUCAAGCAGCCCGAGCCACGCAACUACGAGGAGCUGUACAAGUCACUCGUGACCUGUUUCGUUCAGGAUCCGAACGGUAAGAGUGAUCUGUGCGAGGCGCUGGAGAAGUGCUGCAAGGAUCCCCAGGAUCCGCCAUCCCAGGGAUGCAGCGAGUUCGUUCCAACUGGCCCAGGAGGCGAUGGUGAGUCGGGUUUUGAUAAGGAUAAAGAUAAGGACAAAGAUACGGACAAAGAUAAGGACAAGAAAGAUAAGGACAAAGAUAAAGGGAACAAGGGUGAUGGUAAUAAUGAGGGGGAUAAUGGGGAUAAGGGCGAUAAAGAUGGUGAUCAAGGUGUGGGUGAAAAGGGGGAUGGUGAUAAGGGCGAAGGAGACAGGGGCGAUGGAAAGGGGGAUGGCAAAGAGGGCGGUAAGAAAGAAGGGGGGAAAAAUAAGGAUAAGGAAAAGGAUAAGGUUGAUGAAACUGAUAACAAAGAGGGCAAAGAAACCAACAAGGACAAGGAUAAAAAGGACAAAGAUAAAAAGGACAAAGACAAGGACAAAGGUAAAGGCAAGAAAGUCAAAGAACCAGAAAUGAGAUCCUCCGAGGAGGAGCCUACUAUAGCUCCUCGAAGUACCGAUUCCAUUCCCCCCCACGAAGAAUCCCCCAUAGUGGAUGGAGGUAGUCCUGGUGACCUAGAAAGCGAUACGGACAACGGAAAGGACAAAUACAAGGAUAAGGACAAAGACAAGGGAAAGGGGAAUAAGGGUAAAGGCAAAGGCAAGGGAAAGGGCAAGGGGAAAAAGAAGAAGCCGCAGAAGGAUAAGGACGAAAGCAAUGAUGGGGAUAAGCAGACCAACAAGGACUGUCCCUGCGAGAUCUGUUGUCCGUCGAAGGAGCAGGACACUCCGCUGAUCAAGGAGAUGCGUCGGCGGGAUCGGGAGCGCCAGGCGCGGGAAUAUCUCCGCCAGAUGCGCCACCGCCAGUACAUGGAGUGCAAGGAUCCCAGUUACCCUGCCUGCCCUCACAAGUGCGAUCCCAUUCAGUGCAACAGCCUGUUCUGCAGCAAUCCCCGGAUGCAAACCCAUUUCGAUCGAGUCCAGGCGGUUCAGCAAUUGCAGCGGGUUCUGCAGCGAAGGAAUCAGCGCGACGAUGAAAAGAUAUCCAAUGAUCUGGAGGAACUGCUAGCACGGCUGUGCAACCGACUGACCUGGAAUGAUGACCUCUGCGUAUGAUAACCCCCCGCCCACUCGUUUGUUUAUUUUCUGGCACCGCUGCCAUUAGUUAUGAGUCCAAGUCCAAGUCUGAUUUAAUGUAAUUUGUGCCUGGAGUUGUGUAUUUGUGUUAUUUAUGCUUGCGCUGCUUUAAAGCGAUCUUAAUUGUGGCCUUUAAAUAAACUCGAAUCUCUAGCUGA